AUUGUAAAAGUGAUGUCAGCUGCAACAAAAAUGACAAGUGAGAUGUUUCUGGAAUCCAUAAAUGAAGUGUAACGAACCCUUUUCUAAAUCGAUGUUUCAGGCGCAGGCGGCUGGCUCUUCUCACGCCUCUCCUUCUCGACCGAGCCCUUCCACAGUGCGCUCCGUAGCUGCUGCGUCCCCCCACGCUCACAUGUACCAUCCUCAAGACUCACUCGCUGGGGUGGGCGGUGACGUACAAGAAGCAUUCGCCCAAGGCCCGAGAAGGAACCUGAGGAACGAUCUUCUGGUCGCAGCCGACUCCAUCACCAACACCGUGUCCUCUCUGGUCAAAGAGCUGCACUCUGGUACAAGCUAACAUACAAAAUAGUAU